AUGGCAUUUCGCUUUGCCAUUCCGAUGUCCCAGGCAACGGAUGGGAAGACCAACCGGGAUGAGGACGGUCUAACAAGCCAACUGGCGGCUGGCCGCAAUGCGGCAGACAUUACGCGCCAACCGUCUCCGGAGCCGAGGCAGCUGAAGAACAAAGCGUCAAGCUCGGACGACGCCCACCGGCGCCGACACAUUGUUACGCCGGACCCGGUGGCUCUGAUGUAUCUGGAAGGGGAUCCUUCUGUGAGCAUAGUCGAACGGCGAAUCAGCCUCGAGGGCUACGAGCUAUACCUUGUCGAACAAUGGGCAUGCUCCCGGCAGUCGCCCACGCUCGUCAUCUCGACGUACACGGGCGAUCCAAACCACUCGGUUGUUGUUGGAGUGCUUUCUGCACCGGCAGAUGAGCAGGAGCGGUCGCCACGGCUGCGCAUAUACUUCAGGGCCAUGCAGCAGUAUCAUGCGCGUCCCAAGGAGACGCCCUUUGGCGAAAUUAUGGCGACAAAUUUGAGCAGCUUCCCGUCUGCCUUGACGGUCAUUGCGGUGCCGGAUGGCGAUCUGAGAAAGCAUCGGCAGGACUUUAUCGUCAACGAGGACCUGAAGCGACUCGGCUGCUCCGGGCGGUCGGCCCUCACUCUACUCCCGCCAACACGGGCGACCCAAGAGACGUUCUUGUCACUGUACAAGACGAGCGACAAGAUACCCUUUACAGAGUCGGUGGUGGAGUUGAUAAAGUUAUGCCAGACUGCUUUGUGCAUAUUCGGGAUGCUCGGCAUACAGUACAUGGACGGACUUCUCUGCGACCUGACGGAAAAGGCGAUCAAUGACUGGUGGACGGAAAUUGGGGCAGAGUGCUACAACGUCGAACCAGCAGACGGCAUCCUCGGGCCUACUACGGUGGCGGCUCUUCUCGGCAUGCUGAUGGGCGCGCGAAACCGGCUGGCCUGGUAUGGGGCGCCGGUAACCAAAGAUGUCUUUGAUAUCGAGCAGACGAGCAAGGGCAUUGACUACUUUCAAAAGGCACACAAACUCAAGAGAACACGCCGUCUCGACCACCUGACACUGCGGAAACUUCACAGCGUGACAGCGAAAGCUGCGGCUGGUGAAGUGGGCUGGGGCGUGCAGAAGGCAGUCAAGUCUACGGUCGAGGGCUUUGGCGGCAAGCGUGGCGAGCUUGUGAUCGGCAUGGUGGGCGGCAAAGACAAGGGCAACAUCGGGGACAUUGAAACGGUUGAUAUUGACAAGUUUAUCGGCCUGAUCUACAGCGAACGGCCAAAGUGGCUAUGGUACGGAAAGCCGCGGAGGACGGCAGCGACGACGUCCUCGGGGACGGACUAUCGGAUAGAGAGCGACAAUCUUUUCAGCAAAGAGGAGGGAUCGGCACCGAGCAGCCGACAGGGGCUUCCCCAGAGCCAGGAAGUGGAGGAGAUUGCAGCGGCGGAGGCGGACAACGCAGUGCAGAAACGGGAAGACCGGUCGGCGGUGUAUUUGGGCGCGGUGCCCGAAUCGGCAGUUAGUAUCAACGACAGUCAGGGCGACAAAGACCGAGACCGGGAUCCCAGGCGGCGGACGGUGUUCAAGAGUGUGGCGGGAAGAGUCAGCGAUGCGCGGUCAGGCUUGGGACGGAUACGAGAUGCUGUUGGUGGCGGUCUUCGUGGCCAUGCGAGUCGGACAUCACGCGACGAGGCGCCACUGGGCGGAUCUGUGGGACCAGGCACGCUGACGGCAGCAUCUCUGUCUGGCCCGACGGCAUCUGGUAUUGCGAGCCUGGCGCAGUCGUCUGCGGUACUCUCCAGCCCAGUGCUGAUCAGCCGUGCGUUUACGUGGAAGAACAAGCCGGAAGAGUACGCCAACGUGUUCCGGAGAGGAGGAGAAAAGGAACUAUCGGCGACCAGCCUGCCGGAAGAGGAGGGAGCAGCAUGGACGGACGGGGGGCGGCUGCUCGACAGAAGCACAUAUCCAGACCCAGAGGAUCCACAACAGGGCCUCCCGUGUGUGGCAAGCCCGUUGGUCAUGACGCAUCGACCAUCAGUUCCUACGUCCGGAGCGGUGUCUGGGCUGAGGACAUUUGCACGAAACAGGACAAGCCAAGUGUGGCGUGGGAUGGCAGCGACGACGGCAGCAUCAGUGGCAGGGUCAGUUGCAGACGAAGCGGACCUGCAGGGGCCGUUUCUCGAGGCGGAGCGAACGGUUGGAGCGGAGGUGGUCGGGCUGCUGCGUCGCCACAGCAUCGCGGGAGGCUUUCUGUCACGAUGCGAAGAGCGGCGACAAGUGGAGGCGAACUGGCCGCGACGGCUGUCGUUUAGCGUUGCAGAGGAGGCUGUGCUGGGAUGGGAGGAGAUCGUGUCGGGCGUGGCCUCAGCGGACUCGGCAGACUUGGAGGAAGCCGAGGAAGCUGAGGACAGGGAGGCGGACGGGAGUGCAGUGGAGCGGAUGGUGUCACGACACAUGGCAUCGCUGACGCUGAAGAGCAGCCUGUACGGGCAGAUGCGGUCGGUGAAGGGGGGGCUGGGGCUGUCGGUGACGGAGCGGAUUCUGGGGCUGGAGGCGAUCGACGACGCGUACGCGCAACAGGUGGAGGAGGUGCAGAGUAUCUACUUUCAGCUGUCGGAGGCGUGUGAAGGGGUGCAGCGGAGCAGCCAGGAGCUGCUGGGGAUGGAGCGAGCGCAGGCGUCCGAGGCAAUUCGGGAAGUGGAAAUGUUGACGGCCAAGGUGGAGUACGAGAUUGGGGCGCUGAUAUCGCGGGUGCAGGAGGUGGAGGAAGGGGUGCGACAGUUUGCCGAGCAGGUGGAAGGGGUGGAGCAGCGGGCAGAAGAGCUACAGAAGCAGCUCGAGACCGAGAGUUGGCUGCAUUGGCUGGUGCGCACGCUGACGGGCAUUGGGACCGGGCCUAACAUUAUCCAGGACCUGCGGCCGUCGUAG